AUGUCAAAUGAUGCCUUGAAAAUCGGAGACAUGUCCAACAACUGGUACAACCAAGCUCAGCAGAAAAUGGCCAUCAUCGCCCUUCCACCACCGUCGUCUUCGGACGGCGAGGACAGCAAAGUUGUGCAGGAAAAAGUGAGCGUAGCCAACCGCAAUGGAGCCGGAAUCACCAACGCCGCAAUCUUGUUUUUUCCGUCCGAUUUCAACAAGACCAACAAGUACACCGCCAUAAUCAUUGCGCAUCCCGCCGGAGGCGUCAAGGAGCAGUGUGCCAGCGUGUAUGGACGCAAAUUGGCCCGAGCCAAGGGGUUUGUGACCGUGGUGUUCGACUCCUCGUACAACGGAGGCAGCACGGGGUCUCCACGGCAUCUGGAGGACCCCUAUGUUCGUGUGGAAGACGUGUCAGCGGUGGUUGAUUAUCUGACCACCGUGGACUACGUGGACAAGAUCUGUGCUCUGGGCAUCUGCACGGCUGGAGGCUACGUCAUCAACGCCGCCAUGAACGACCAUCGAAUCAAGGCGGUAGGAGCGGUCAACUGUGUGAAUAUCGGACAGAUGUUUAGAGAGGGAUGGGAAGGAGGACGCAAAGACAUUGCCCCACAUCUGCUGGAGGAAGGAGCCGAGGCCCGCACCGAAGAAGCCAAUCACGGAGCCAUUCUCAUCAUGGAUUGGUCCCCCGAGACAAAGAACUCGUCGGACACUAAAGAGCAGCAGGACGCAUACGAGUACUAUCGAACUCUUCGGGGAGCCCAUCCGGAUGCACCCAGCAAGUUCACUGGACGCAGUUUAACCCAGCUGGCCACCUACGACGCCUUUCAUCUCGCAAAAGAGUUUUUGACCCAGCCUACAAUGCUGAUUGUGGGCACUGAAGCCACCACCAAAUGGUACAGUCAGCAGCUGUUGGACCAGGUUGGAGACGAUCUCGUCAGUUUGUUCACCAUUCGGGAUGCUUCUCACUUUGAUCUUUACGACAAGGACAAGUAUGUGGACGAGGCGGUUGACAAGCUCGGAGUCUUUUUCAAAUACAAUGUCUAA